UGACCCUUCAAUGCUGAAAACAAAGACGCCGUAUGCUGAACAUCAUUGUUGGCUGUAAGCACCCCUCUGUAGGAUCAUAAACCUGACAUAAAAGCAUGACCGGUGCUGUAAAGGCUCUCCUCGUAUGCUGUCUACUUCAAGGUAGCUCAUGCCAGCAGUGGGCCUCCUUCAUGCCUAAGAAAGUAGAGGGACUGAGUGGCUCCUGUGUGAUCAUCCCCUGCUCCUUCACCCUGCCCUCGGAUUAUGAUCAACACCUGGAUGAUACCUGUAAGGCCAUUUGGAAACGAGGCAGCUGGAGUCGAACGCAGGUGUUUGAUUCCAGCCUCACCGGAGCCAGCGCAAGCUUAAAUAUCCUCCAAGGAAACCUAACGGGGAACCUGCUUGAGAAGGACUGCACCACCAUCUUCAACAACCUGCCGUCGAACCAUUAUGACAGCUAUUACUUCAGACUGCAGUGUGACAACAAUCUGAAGUUCAACUUUCAGACAAGCGUAAUCAUCGAAGCUAAAGAUUCACCACCCAAACCCACCAUAACCCCACCCAGGCUGGAGGUGGAGGAAGGGACUCCGGUGAGGUUGAACUGCUCGGCUGUCUCAGCUUGUCCCGUUCUUCCUGCAGUUCUGACAUGGACCCCCAGUGCAGGUGACAUUGAAGAGAGCAUGGACACCAAAUCUGUGACCUCUGUGAUGAACUUCACUGCUUCGUACCUCCACAACGGAGAGAAGUUCUCGUGCACUGUUCUCUACAGCCGACAAACUGGCAGCAAAGAUAUUAUGUAUGAAAAAAGUCUGACCCUCGGCGUUCUUUAUCCUCCAAAUAACACAUCUGUCAGUUACCCCGGUCCUGUGAAAGAGGGCAGCUCAGUGACUCUGACCUGCAACACCAACGCAAACCCAGCUGUGGACAGCUACACCUGGUACAGAGUGGAUGGAGAUCAGGUGACAGCAGUGGGCUCUAAGAACAGGCUCUCGACUACAGUCAUGGAAGACGACAGCCAGUUUUACUGCAAGGUCACAAACAAAUACGGAGCCCAGAACUCAUCCGUCAUUCAGAUCGAUGUGCUCUUUUCUCCCAAAGAAACGUCAGUAAUCGUCGACCCUGAUGGUCCAAUAUUGGAGGGCAGCUCUGUUAGUCUGUUCUGUAAGAGCAGAGCCAACCCACCUGUGACCAACUACACCUGGUACAAAGAUGAUGAAGAGGAUGAGGAACCAGGAUCCUCCUUGGUUAUAAACGCCGUCGAGCCCAACCACAGCGGCGGCUACCACUGUGCUGCGAAAAAUGAGCAGGGGGAGGACGUUUCAGCUGCCAUUCAGCUGGACAUUCAGUAUCCUCCUAAGAACACCUCAGUUUCAGUCGAGCCCUCCGGUCCAGUGCAGGACGGCAGCUCUGUAACUCUGACCUGCACAACCAUCGCCAAUCCAGCGGCGGUUAACUUCACCUGGUUCCGAGUGGCGGGCAGAGAAAAUGAGCUGGUGGGCUCUGAGCGAGACUUCAUCUUCAACGUGACCAAACUCUCCGAGGAUCAGUUUUACUGCGAAGCUCUGAAUGUCCACGGAGCUGAACACUCGGAGCCUGCCACUUUCGAUGUUACAUUUGCUCCAGAGAUCCUGCCUUCCUCCCGCUGCGUCAAGAUUUUAUCCCAGGUCCGAUGUUCCUGUGACAGCCAGGCGAACCCCCCUCCCUCCCUGGUUUGGGAGUUAGCCGGAGAGCCUGUCAAUCACUCUGCUGACAUCCCGAUCAGGGAAGUUCCCCUGGGAGACCUGAGCAUGAGGAGCGUCAUCACCUUGUACCGUCUGGAUGAACACAUGCCCUCUCUGGUCUGCGUCGGCCUCAACUCGCUGGGCUCUGAUAGUUUUGUGUUCAACGUGACCUCCAGUGAAACUCAGCUAGGUCUCCACACUGUGUCUCUGUUGAUCGGCUCUGCAGUAGGAGCUCUGGGGAUGCUGCUGGUGUGUGUCCCGCUGCUGCUUUUCUAUUGCAGGAAAAGCAAAGGCAGCCUUUCACCCGACAAGGGAACGGUGGACACUUCGGACAUUUUAGCUAAUGGGAAAAACUCUUCACCAGUGGAUGUGAUCUAUGCCAAUAAAGCCAUCCUAGAACAGGAAGCUGCAGCUAACGAGGACUCUCUCCACUACGCCAGUGUGGCUUUUGCUAAGCUCCAGGCCAACUCAAAGAGCAAGCUCAGCGAGGGUGAGAUCCGAGGCCUGGACUCCAAGAUAGGGGAGUACGCUCAGGUCCGUCUGAAGUCCAAGGAAGGCAGCAGAGGUGAUGCAACAACUGGAGAGACGGCUGCUGAUACUCAUCUGGGUCAAGAGAAAGACCCUGAUGGUCCUAUAAGACAGGUCAGUGAAAAGGUUUUGGCUUAACUUCAGGGGAACUGAAAGCCAAAACAAAGGAUUCUGGGCUUCAAAACAGAUGUCGCACUUCAGUCAGCAGAGCCCAGCUGAGCAGAGCAACCCUGAGUAAAGCCUGGCUUCAAGAUCAGCUUUGAAAUUCUGUCUUUUAUCCUUUCUGUGUCCCUGUACUGAGAUAUAUAUAUAUAUUUUGUUAUAGAGAGGCGAAGUCACACCCUUUCCACCAUGGGACCUUAUUUUAGAAAGAAACAUGUGUGGUAAUGAACAGCACAAAACUAAUUGUGCCAUGAAUCUCAAAAAGACAAAAAAAAUAAAUAACUAAAUAAUUCACGUGACUGUCCAAUGGAUAAAAUGACAAGUUAGAAUUAGAAUUUCAAAAUUAUCGCAUCAUAUGUGUCCCAUGAUGCACAGCGGAAGGGGCGGGGCUUCACCUCUCUGUAACUGUGCUGGGGAUGAACCUUUAACCUCCCCACAGUCAACCAUAACA